GUAAUUUGAGGGGGGGGCGAAGGUGGCUGCUAAGCUGUGUGAGGCGAGUGGAAAAAAAAAAAAAUACAAUAAACACCAAAAUUACAAACACGAUGGGAAGUAGGCGGGUUUGGCUUCGCCUGAAGUACUUUCUCGCUUUGUUUCAAAUGGGCCAAAUAUUGAGAAGGCUUGAGGAAAAAAUACGUUGCUAAGGGUAAGCAAGUUACCGCCUGCGUGUAGGAGAUUACAAUGAGUGCACCAAAUAAAGCGAUAGAACUACAGCUGCAAAUGAAGCAAAAUGCUGAAGAGCUGCAGGAUUUUAUGAGAGAGUUGGAGAGCUGGGAAAAAGAUAUUAAAGAAGUGGAUUCUGAACUAAGGAAGCAGAGUGGUGUCCCAGAAGAGAACUUGCCACCAAUUCGAAACAGGGCUUUUAAGAAAAAGAAGAAAAGCAAAAGUAAAGUCCCUUCAAAGAUAACCACCGAGGAAAACAAGAAAAACAAGAUCAAGUCUUAUGAUUAUGAAGCAUGGGGAAAACUUGAUGUGGAUAAAAUACUUGAAGAACUUGAUAAAGAAGAUAGUACACAUGAUUCUGUAUCUCCAGAAUCAGACUCUGAGGAAGAUGGAAUCCGUAUAGAUGCAGAAAAAGCUCUUGCAGAGAAAGAAAAGGGUAAUAACUACUUUAAACAAGGGAACUUUGAUGAAGCUAUAAAAUGCUACACUAGAGGCAUGCAUUCUGAUCCAUACAAUCCAGUGUUGCCCACAAACAGAGCAUCGGCUUUUUAUAGAAUGAAAAAGUAUUCUGUUGCAGAAUCUGACUGCAAUUUAGCACUUGCUUUAGAUAAAAAUUACACAAAGGCUUAUGCCAGAAGAGGGGCUGCUCGCUUUGCUUUGAAAAAUCUUCAAGGUGCUAAAGAAGAUUAUGAAAAAGUUUUAGAGCUGGAUGCAAACAACUUUGAAGCAAAAAGUGAACUGAAGAAAAUUGAUCAGGCUCUGUCAUCAAAAGAAAGUUCAGAACAGAAAGAGUUAGAAGUUGCGGUCAGACCAGAAUUAACGGACGAAGAGAAGCAGCGCAUUGAAGACCAGCAGCUCAAGCAGAAGGCUAUUACAGAGAAAGAUCUGGGUAAUGGUUAUUUCAAAGAAGGAAAGUAUGAGACUGCAAUAGACUGUUAUACCCGUGGUAUAGCAGCAGAUGGCACCAAUGCGCUUCUGCCAGCUAACAGAGCCAUGGCCUAUCUAAAGAUUGAAAAAUAUGAAGAGGCAGAAAAUGACUGUACACAAGCUCUGCUCUUAGAUGCCUCCUAUUCUAAAGCCUUUGCCAGAAGAGGAGCUGCCAGAGUUGCUCUUGGAAAGCUAAAAGAAGCUAUGCAAGAUUUUGAAGCUGUUUUGAAGCUGGAACCUGGAAAUAAACAAGCAAUAAAUGAACUCACUAAAAUAAGGAAUAAAUUAGCUGAGAAAGAACAGUGGACUCAUCAAGAAUAUCCUGCAAUAUUGAUAAAAGAAACAGAAAUAAAAAAUAUAGUGAAACUGAUUGAUAAUCCAUUACACCUGAAAUCAACAAAGCCUUUGCAAAGAAUAGCCAUUGAAGAAAUUGAUGAUGACACACCAAACAGUGAUUUGCCCAGCACUACUUCUUUAGUCAAUAACUGGAGGAAUUCAAUGAGUGUUGAAGCAACAGAGAAUCUAGAUCAGGAUGAUCAGUUGACUACAACGGACAUUCCAAAAGCAAAGCACUUGAAAAUAGAAGAAAUCAGUGAUACAUCACCAUUACAGCUUCCUGCUAGUGUGAAAGGAAUUUCAUCAAUGUUGCAUCCAUCUUUCCCUGUGAACAAACAGAGAGAAAAAGAAAUCAAAAGGUCAUUUACAUCUGCUUCUCCAGUCCCUGCCAUUCCUGCAAAUUCUUUCCAGCUUGAGUCUGACUUCAGGAAGUUGAAAGACUGCCCAGAAAAUAUGUACUUGUACCUGAAGCAAAUAGAGCCUUCACUUUAUCCAAAACUGUUCCAGAAAUCCUUAGAUCCAGACUUGUUUAACCAGAUACUGAAAAUUCUACAUGAUUUCUACAUUGAGAAAGAGGAGCCAUCUCUCAUCCUUGAAAUCCUCCAGAAGCUAUCUGAAUUAAAAAGAUUCGAUAUGGCAGUAAUGUUUAUGUCGGGCUCAGAGAAAAAAAUUACACAGGUAUUGUUCAAUCAUGUGAACCACAUGGGAUUGAAAGAUACUUCUGUUGAAGAAUUGGAGAAGAAAUAUGGCAUUUUCUCCUAGUGAGGUGACUGAUGUAAAUUUCUGUUUCCGUACUUCUUUUGUGUGGAAAUCAGCUGAAGAAGCCUGUAAGGACUGGAAUUUUGUUUCUUUUGUAUAAGUAAUGAAACUCUUAAACUUGGUUUAGCCAAAUGGCAGGUGCCUGAAGAGAUAAUUAUUUACUUCUGCAGGUACAUUUGCUUUCCAGCACCUGAAACAAUACAGAUGUACAUUGUCUUCAGUGGAAUCUGUUUGCCUAAAAAACAAUUGGGCAGAUUGGCAUUCAGGAUUGGGACUGUAGAUAGAGAUCUUUAUUAAAAGGAAAAAAAAAAUUAUUUAUAAACAUGUCUUUGGUAAGAAUCAAAUGGUGUAUAUUACAAAUGUGCGCGUUUUUUAUUUUAGAAAAUAAACUGAAUGUUGAAUUAAAGAUACUAAAUUUUUAAGGAUUUUUUUUUUUAUUAAGGUGCCAAAGUUAUUCUUCUCUAAGGAUACACCACAUCAGAAUAUGUAAUGUGCAAAGUAAACCUGAGGUAUGAUGGCCAAAAAAUUCCAGAAUUCUUUUGCUUGAGUUUACCCAAAAGCUGAGUUUUAGCAUUGACAGCUGAGGUAUUCCUGUGAACCUCAACUGUAAUUGCAGAAUAGAAGGAAGCCAAAUACUGUAGGAUGAAACUAAAAGUAUAGGGGAAAAUCACUUUUUGUUUUCUUCGGAGAGUACUUUUAAAAUAUUCUGAUGAAACUUAUCUUUUUGGGUCAGUUGUUCCUAACCAGGUAAAGCCCUCAAGAAGCCUCAGGAAGGUGAGCAGAAUACCUUUCCAGUAUGAAGAAGGCAAAGGCAUGAAAUCACCUGAAAUUUUUAGAUGAGACAGGAAAUAGCAGUAGGCAUAAUAAACUAUUCAUACUGUUCACGUGACCAGAAGAAGGAAAUAACAGCACUUGUGAAGUACACUGUAAGACUUAACUGUAGUAUCCAAGUAGCAGCAUCUAAAAAUUUGCUUGUGUCUCUAGGCUUGACUGCUGUCUCUCUCAUCCUGCUCAUACUAAUAUUCUGUCAGCUUGCUUUCAUCCUGAUUCAGCCCUUGUGCUUUACUGAUGCUUCUCUGACUGUGGAAGCCUUCUGACAUUAGUGCUUUUGUUUUGGUAGUUGUGCUCUUUUUCAGAGGAAUGAUUAAACAGCUAUAGCAUUCAAAAAGACUUCAAACUUCCAAUAUGGAUUAAUAGGAAAAGGUAUGAAUGUUAUCUUCUAUGUAGUCAGUAUUAGAAAACUAAUUUUAAAACAUUUGCAGCUGUGUAAUAUCCUAGUUCAGAUAUAAUCUGGUUAAAAAAAAAAAAAAGUAACUGAGCUACAUCCUUGGGCUGAGUAGCAACUGGCAUGAAUGGAGCACUAGAUCCCUAAGGUAGCUUCCAAUUAGAAACUGGAACUGAGCACUAGGAGAAUAGUCAGCAUUAUUGGGGAAAUGGAAGAGCCUUUAUGUAACACUGCUUGCAGCUUACCUACAAUAUGAACUGUUAUUACUAGGUGUGUCCCAAGUUACUUCAUAACUGGCUAUUUCUUCCCCUUGUUGUAAAGCACUUCUGAUAAUGUAUCAGGGAUACUCCUGUCACUAAUAGAAGCGGGGGGUGUAGUUACUGAAGUAAUUUUAUACACCUUUGUAGAUACAUCAUACCUUCUUAUGGACUGUUAUGAGUUGUUCAGUGUAGAGCAGAGGUGUAUGCCUGACUAGGUGAUACUAAUCGAGCAUUUGGUGCUUUCUCAGAAGCUGCUUCUUGAAGGCUGUUGGAUGAAAACAUGUGAUUGUAACGUGGAUCCUUGACAGUAAAAGCAAGAUGAUAGCAGAAGGGUUUGACACCUGUAGGCCAAGAGUCACCUACAACUCCAUCCAGGCUGCUAUGCUUUUAAUGAGAAUAGGCUGGUCCCAAUCUUGCUUUUACAGAGACUUCUGUUCAGGAUUUGUAUGUGGUAAGGAGGGCUGUUUGAAAGGAAUCUGUUCAAGCAUGUAGAAUGUGGUGAGGUAGGUGGGUAGAUCUGGUUCAUGUUGCUACUGAACUUAGGCCACCAAGAUUUAUCUUGCAAGCAGUAUGCUACUGUAGCCUUUUGAUGUAUUUCUAAAGGCAACAUCUGAUGGUGACUUGCUAAGUCCCUGAGGUUACUUUUCAGUGCAUAGAAAACAAUGCAAGAUGGAGAGCAGAACGCAGGCAGGCAGAGAACUGCAAGCUUCACUUGCUCCAGGAGAUGGCAGUGUUUUUCCCUUCUAAAUUGUUAAAGCUUGCCAGAACUCCGAAUUGAUGAGUUUAAUGAAACAUGGAGAAGAUUCGUAGAUCUGAAGUAAGUCAAGAAUUCUUUCUGGGGGGAGAAGGGGAUUUUUUUUGUUCUUUUUUUAAAUCCAACACUCUCUCAGUCGUUAUAUCCCUAUUGUGUCAGGGGAAAAAAGUCUGAGGUAAAUAGUGUGAGGCAAUUAAACAGUAUGGAAUACUUUAUAGCCCUUUGCUAUGUUAUGGCAUUCAAAUUGUCAAAAAUCUGAGGUCAUGUUUGCUGCAGCGACUGAUUCAGACUUGAGUUUUGAAUGAUUCCAUUACUUACCAGUAUUAAAUGUUAUAUUUUUCUAGACAACUUAACUCAUCAAGAUCAUUUUUUAAUUUGAAUAUUGUCCUCCAGUAGAUCUGGGAGACACUCAAACUCCAUGUUGUCUAUUGAUUUCAUCAUCUAGAUUGUUAGAAUAUCAAUGGAACUGAUCCUAGAACAUAAUUCUGCAGAAUAUUCUUACAGCUUUCUGUUUUGACAGUAGACUGUGACUUUAUUUUUUUUCCUUUCUGAUAACUCUAGCUAGCUCUGCGUUCAUACAGUAAUAGUUUAAUGUGAGUUGUGUUUGUCUUAUGAGAAUGUCCUGUGAUAGUCAGAUGUCAAGAUAAAGAUACUUCAUCUACUGCUUUGUCACUACACUACUGUGGAAGAAAGGAUUUUAAUGUGACUUAUUCUUGCCUGACUUGUGUCAGUUACUGUGGAAAGCAUAAACAAAUGUAGUUUGAGUACUUGUUCCAAAAUAUUUUUUAGAAUUAAAAAUUAAUGGUCUUGACUUUGGUCAGGAAGUUUUUGCUGCUUCUCCUUGUCUUUCUGUUUAAAAAUAGGCAUUUCAGCUUGCCAAUUCUCAAAUAUAACUAAUAUUACUAGUGGUUUUGAGGCUACUUUCUAACAUAUCAUUAAUAUAAGAUUAACAUACCAAUAUUUGACAUACCUUAUAGAGAAGUCUUUGGGGCCCUGAGAACCUGUGAACAUCGAACUUCAAGAAACCUACAUUCUAACCCAUUCUUUUUUUUGCUAGGCAGAGAUCUUCCUUUGUCAAUGAUGUGACUACAGUUGCUUGCAGUUGCCAUCACUGGGGAAUACUACAGUGAAAACAGCUGUUGAACAGUUCAUUUCUAAUGUCAUCAGCUGUCAGUUGUUUUUCUUCCACCUUGCAUAACUAACACUUCCCUUGUUUUUCUUUUAAUGCAGGUGCAUUUACAUUGCAGUCUCUUCUUACUCUUGUCAACUGCUGCUUAUUUUGUUUUCCUCUUUCAGUUCUGAUAUGGUCCCAGUGUUCUCUUGUUGGUCCUACUUAAUUCUUAAAUAACCUGUCCUCGUUUCCAUUACUUGCGUGCUUUUCUCUUCCGAGAUCGUCGAAGAGCUCUUUGUUGGUCAGGUUGGUCCCUUUUUACACUUCCUAUCCUUUUUUCUGUUGGCAUAAUUUUAGCUCGUUGUCUUGAUACCAUUUGUUUGGGAACUGCCAGGUCUGUACCCUUUUCCGCCCUUAGAUUUUCCUCCCGUGAAACUUUACUGGGCAGUGUUAGAACAGAGGAAGAAGUAGAGAGAAUAGAGAGAAGUGCAUGAAGUUUUCAAAGUUGCGUUUAGGUGCUCUGAUGUCUAGGCAGCUUGAGAUUGCUCUACUGUCAGUAUUAGAAACUAAGAAUUUGGGGCAUUAAGUAUACAUCCUCUUUCCUCUCCCUCGCCUAUGUCCCACCUGAUAGUAACUGUAAGCCAAGGAGACUAUACCAGUCUUCUGCCACUAGGGUUCUUUUUUUUCUUUCAGUAAAUUAGUGCUUUUCUAGGGAUAGCAAGAAGGGCUUUAAUAAAAGCAGAGGGAUGUAACAUUUGUUGACUCUCACUUCUCCCCAGAUAAGAUUCACCUUGUAGCUUUUCUUUUGUAGCAGCUGUCAAUCACACUCUAUUUUUCUUUCUUGGAUCUUACAGACCCAAUGGUGUUCUGAACUGCAUUGUAUCACUGCUGCCUUUGCAUGAUGCUUUAGUAACUUCCUUAAGGUGUAUUUCCAAGGGUUGUGUUAUUCAGAGGAUAUAAUUACCCUCCAAAAACCUUUAUUGAUUGUCCUUGAGAGAGCAGGAAACUAGCCUAACCUCUCAGGAACAUGUCCUAAGUUUGAAUCUAGUCUUCAUUUAAUAUUAGCAGGUACAAGUCUGCCAAAGGACCCGGAAUUGCAUUAGUGAUUAAUCUGACCUUAUCUGCUUUGCUGGUUAGGCUUAGGGAAAAUAAAACUUUUGGAAUAAAAGGCGAAAUUGUAUUUUUCACUGUUGUCACAUCUCUUAAGUAUGCAGUUCAGCCUGAUUGCAGCAGUGAAGUUGUGUGGGUUUUAUGCAUCUGUCUGUUCCUUUUUCUUUGUACUAUUUCACAUGAACCGUUUGUAUCAGAUCUUUCUCAUUACAUCUGUCACCAUGUGCCGACUCCCUCUCUCUGAAUUUCAGUCUUCCUUUUCACUGUGCCCUCUCUGUUUUCCAUCAUGUUCCAAACAUUGUAUUCUCCACUGCCUUCCCCCUCCUGCCAUUAGCUGCAAGCAGCUCAGCCUCUAAAAGUGUCAUUUGAAUGCUCCUUCUAGUUUUCUAAAAAUUUCUGCUCAAGGCUCUUUGUUUCUGAAAGCUCCUUCAAACAGCUCCACUUCUUCAGGCUCCAUUUUGUAGGAAUAUUCCACUCUAAUGUCUGGCUUUAUAAACUGAAGCGAGUACAGCGUAGAAACCAAGGGAAUUCCUUUUUCUUUUUUCUUUUAAAUUUUUUCUCCUUGCUUCCUAUUCAAGUUGUUGCAGCAUUCAGUUGUGGUUGGAUACACUGGAGUCUUCUGCUUUCUUAAUAGUAGCAGGAAGUAGUGUUUGCUUUCCAGACUUCAUCUUCAAACUUCAGACUUCCCAAUCUCUCUUCCAACAGUUGUUCCAUUAAUAAAGUUUAAGGUGGCAGGGUAAAAGAUAAAUUGGAUUCCUUGUUCCUUCAUACUAAAUAAGUCUACCUGGGUUUUAAAGCAAGAAAUGUACAGUUAGCACAAAUACUGAUUACAUUAACCAACAACUGAGUAUAUGAAAGUCUUCCUUGUCCUGAUGCCUGAUGAGAUAGGACAGAUUAAUGUUCUGUAUAAACUAUUAAAGUCCUGUUUUGUGGCUACAUACUUGGGCAGGUCUGCCACAAUGAGCUGAGCAGCAGAUCAGAGUCUAAGUGAGGAAACCCACAAAAAGACCCAAAUAAACAAAAAACAAACAAACAAAAAAACCCCAGAUUUUUUGCUUGUAUGUGUAUUAGAGGGAUGACUGCUUGUAAUUCAGGUUGCAAGGGCAUGUACUUGGAGGCAGCUUCCUCCCUAAAGAAUUGGCAGACUGUAUGAGUAUUGCCAAAAAGCAGAGAAGGAUUAAAUGGUUGAUUUGCCCAGCUGUGAUUGUGAUAGGAGAAUAGUAUCUGACUCCUUAAGUUGAAAUCUGGUGUCUUUCUGGCUACACCAGGCUGAGUACUCAGCUUGACAAGUGGUGCUUGAACUUGGUUUCUAACAAAUUGCUACCACUUUUGGAAAAAUAGGGAACAGUUUGCUGUCUUCAGAAAAGUGUACUCCACAGUCUUUGUUGGGAAGUGGAAAUGCUGCCAACUUUUUCUAAAAUAGCCUGAAGUUCAGAUUGUUCAAAUAGGAAGUAAUGAGCUACUGCUGUAUGCCAAAGCCUAUGUUUGUAACGCUAUGUAGCACAUGAGCCUUGAGGACUCCCAAUUCUGACCUUGGUGUCAAGAUUUCUUUGCAUUUUGUGAUUGGAUUCUGGUGGUUGUGAAAAUUAGCAAGGCUAUUACAGGGUUACAUCUUAUUAAAUGCAUUAUUUAAGUGAAAAUGUGCGUGUUUUCAACAGAUGGGUAAAAACAUUUUAGGGAAUAUUUUCCGUACAAUCUGUAACAAAGAAAGGACAUUAAAUAAAUACUUAAGAAUUUGCCAGA